AUGAGUAGCAAGAACUCAGGAGCUGCUCCUGUUACAGCUUCUGCAGUCAACCCAACAGUAAGCUUCCAAAGGAAGAGAAUGAAGAAGAGAUGUGGAAGGUGGCGGUAUCAAGAGACUGGAAACUUCAAGCCCCAGAAAAAGAUGACUGUUAAGGAAAAAGUUCAACAGCGGCUAGGUUUUGCAGAGGAUGUUACAAAAUGCUUAACACAAACAUAG